ACGUUAUGUGAGAAAUUAGGAGAAAAUGGGGAUCUUUCAUGGACCUGAGGCGUGGAGAGAAGGCACGGGGUCUGGAAGUGCCUGGCUCCUCUCUGCACUACUUUGCAGAUUAAAAAUCGGAUGCAGUAUGCAAUUCUGUAUUCUUUUAGCAAAUAUAAACAGUACAUGACAAUCGUUGUUGUUGGCAAUUAGGUACCUGCUUUCAGUUUUUUACUAAGUGUAGAACUUGUUGAAAAUAAUGUCAAGAUGGAAAGUGUAAUAGUUUGAGGUGGGGGUCGAGAGUGUGCGGAGGUGUGUACACUGGCGUGUAUGGGCAGCAGGAAGGUGAAGGAGUGCGCAGGUGUAACACCCAGGGGUGAAGGAAAGUUACAGGGCUCAAAAUAGCCUAGAGUUAAAACUCCCCUCCAGGUCCUCCCCACCAUUCUAUGCAAAACAAAGAACUCUCUCACCCGAAGGAAAAAAAAUGGACAUUAAGGUUGACUGACCAGCUCCCAGCCGGUCCCAGCCUCUGGCCGAUCUCCAGAGUUCCUUGCCCCAGCUGUUUAAGAGGUAACUACUCCGAACAACCUUGGAGAACAGGCCCCCUUAAGAUAGUAGAUUUCUACAUAUAAGCCUAUAUAUACUUACUCUUUUCUUGGGUUAGUGCAGCAGCUCACUAAUCUGACUGCUGCCCCUUCUCGCCUCGUUAAGGGUGAUCUGUUCCUGUAAAGUGCCUGUCUCCUUCUAUUUCCGAACCUCGCUUUCUCUAACUCCCUUACCCUACACGGGGAACUCAAGCUCUCAACGCUGGCAUCCCACCCGGUUAGCCGGCUUUGCGUUCCUACUGCCUACUGCCAGAGAUGAAACCCACGGAGAAGUUCUAAGGAAGGCAAUGGCAGCUCUGGCCGAUGGCGUCACCACCACGGCCAGGGUGGCAUUGUUUGUAGCUUCGCGCCGGGCUGGGGCAGCAGUAUCUACGGUAAGGAGGCCUGGCUAGGAGGCAGUACUUACGAUAACGGGCGUGGUGGGGUGGGGGACUCGCCGGCGGUGGUAUUUACGUUAGGAGCGCCGGGCCGGAAGCAGUAAAUACCGUAACGGGGUAAGGGUAGGUGGCGGUACUUACGGUAACCGGGGCCGGGCUCGCGGCAGCCGGUCAGGCCAGAGGUCCUCUUUGUCAGGUGAUCUCCGGCCAAAGAGGUAGCCAGCCCCUGAACCAGCGGCAAAGGCGGAAUGGCCCUGGGGGACGGUGAGGGGCCGGGGCCCCGGCUCACCUGUGCGCCCCAGCCUGCUGGCCGCAGCGCCACUCCGGGUCCGCUCGCAGUCCCCUCCCGCCCCUCGGCGGGGGCUAGGGCGUGAGCCCCGAGGCCCGCGCCCCGCGCCCAGAUGGGGCUAUGCCACAGCCUCCGGCCGCUGCUCUUCGGGGACCCGGAGCCGCCCGUGGAGGGCGCGCGGUCCGACUUGAACCCGAUGCCGGACUUAGACCUGGCCCCUGUCCGGACUCCGGCGCAGGAGAGGCGGCGGCGCACGGACCGGCAGCGCGCGGAGGAGCGCGAGGCCAGGCGGGUCAGCAAGAGCAUCGACCGCCGACUCCGUGAGCAGAGGCGCGACCUGCGGCGGACGCACCGGCUGCUGCUGCUCGGGGCUGGUGAGUCUGGGAAAAGCACUAUCGUCAAGCAAAUGAGGAUCCUGCACGUCAACGGAUUUAAUCCAGAAGAGAAGAAACAGAAAAUUCUGGACAUCCGGAAAAACGUUAAGGAUGCUAUUGUGACAAUUGUGUCGGCAAUGAGUACCAUAAUUCCCCCCGUUCCACUGGCCAACCCGGAAAACCAGUUUCGAUCAGACUAUAUCAAGAGCAUUGCCCCCAUCACUGACUUUGAAUAUUCCCAGGAAUUCUUCGAUCAUGUGAAGAAGCUCUGGGAUGAUGAAGGUGUGAAGGCCUGCUUCGAGCGGUCCAACGAGUACCAGCUCAUCGACUGCGCCCAAUACUUCCUGGAGAGAAUCGACAGCGUCAGCCUGGUGGACUACACGCCCACCGACCAGGACCUCCUCAGGUGCAGAGUUCUGACCUCAGGGAUUUUCGAGACCAGAUUCCAAGUGGACAAAGUCAACUUCCACAUGUUUGAUGUUGGAGGCCAGAGGGACGAGAGAAGAAAAUGGAUCCAGUGCUUCAAUGACGUCACUGCUAUCAUCUAUGUGGCCGCUUGCAGCAGCUACAACAUGGUCAUCCGGGAAGACAACAACACCAACCGCCUGCGGGAGUCACUGGACCUUUUCGAGAGCAUCUGGAACAACAGGUGGUUGCGCACCAUUUCCAUCAUCUUGUUCCUGAACAAACAGGAUAUGCUGGCAGAAAAAGUGCUAGCGGGGAAAUCAAAAAUUGAAGACUAUUUCCCAGAGUACGCAAAUUAUACUGUUCCUGAAGACGCGACACCGGAUGCAGGAGAAGACCCCAAAGUCACGAGGGCGAAAUUCUUCAUCCGGGACCUGUUCCUGCGCAUCAGCACGGCCACUGGCGACGGCAAGCACUACUGCUACCCUCACUUCACGUGCGCCGUGGACACGGAGAACAUCCGCCGCGUCUUCAACGACUGCAGGGACAUCAUCCAGCGGAUGCACCUCAAGCAGUACGAGCUCCUGUGAGCCCCCCGCCCCCCCGCUGCCCCGCCCCCGCCCCGCCCAUCCCAGGCCCGCCAGGCACAACUCGAGGAGUCCUGUUCGUCCGCCCUGGGGCUGUCUGCGGGGCUCUCCUUACCACCGGGCCCCCAGCCACCUCUGUCCCCUCACUCCUCCCCAAACCCUGGUCUGUGUAGGGGUAGGGGCCCCUGACUCGUGGAGAAGUUGGAAGAUGGGGAGACACACUAGCUCAGGCCUGACCGGGGAUUGCCUUUCUGGCCGAAUGGGCCCCCGACUCAGGGGAGACCCUGAGCCGCAGUGGGGUUCAGUUCCGUCUCCAGGGGAGGCCAGCUUCAGCAUUGAUGCUGGAGCCCCUUGACCUUCCACGUGUCAGCAGAAAGCCCCCACUCACUGGGGCCACGUUCACCAGUUCACAUGAGUCCCAUCCACUGUGGUCCCCCAGACUCCACUGCUGUGGCAGCGCCUCCUUUAAUAGGUUCUUCCUGUUGCUGUUUUAUUGCUGGUUUAUUACACUGUACAGACCACAAGAUGUAAUAUUAUUUUGAUAACUAACUACUCAAGGAAAAUCCCUAUAGA